AAGGCUAAUAUGCAUGCCACGCACCCCAUUAACAUUUAUAAUAAAUCAUGGAGGAUGUUAAGGUUUUUGGUCUAUGGUCAAGUCCAUAUACUCAGAGGGUUGUGUGGACAUUAAAAUUAAAGGGUGUGAGUUAUGAGUAUUAUGGUGAAGAUCUUGCAAAUAAGAGUAGCCUGUUACUGCAAUACAAUCCAAUCUACAAGAAGGUUCCUGUUCUUGUACAUAAUGGAAAACCAAUGGCAGAGUCAAUGGUUAUUGUUGAAUAUAUUGAUGAGACUUGGCCUCCGUUCCCUCUAUUGCCACAAGAUGCUUAUGAGAGGUCCAAUGUUCGUUUCUGGUCAAAAUUCAUCGAGGAAAAGUCAAUGCACAUGAUGGAAUUUUUUCUGUAUGAUGGAGAACGACAAGAGAGAGCAAUAAAAGAAACUUUGGAAACUUUGAGAGUGAUUGAAAAGGAAAGUGGACUUAGUGAAAAGAUGUUCAUUGGUGGCAACACAAUUGGAUUGGCAGACAUAGCCUUGGGUUGGGUGGCACAUACUCUGCCAGUCAUGGAAGAAAUUGUUGGAGUCAAGUUCAUUACAAUUGAUGCAUUUCCCCACCUUCACUCUUGGGUGAAGAAUUUCUUGGAAAUUCCUGCUAUAAAAAACAAUCUUCCACCCCAUGAGCUACUUGUUGAGUACUUCAAGGAAAGGAGGAAGGUGUUUCUUGCAAUGACUUGUCAUCAUCACCAUUAGAAUUUUGUGUUCUUCAAAAAGAAUUUUGAUGGAGUUAAGUGUUUUUUUUUUCUUUUCUAUUUUCAAUUCAUAUUUGAGAAACUAAUGUUACGUAGGUCCAAAGCGAAAUAUGAGUUAAUGUC